AUGCUCGCAUCAAACGUAGAUCAAUGUGUCCCAGAAUUCCAAAGCUUAGUCACGGGAAACAACUACGACCACCUUCAACUAGUCCAGGGGAUCCCAUUCCCCUACUUUCUCAAAAAACUCCACGAACUUGGUCCCCUGUACCUCGGCGACAAAACGACCGCAUACGCCGAACUACACGUCGAAGGAAUCGACAAGCCAUUUUGGGUGCACAAAGAAUACUUGGAGCUCCAGUCAUCGUUCUUUUGUGAAAUAUUCGAGAACGUGUAUAAUGGAGAUGUGGUCACUAUCUCAAUCCCGUCGCCGGAUACAUUUGAGGCGAUUUUGGAAUUCUUGUAUGAUGGCAAUGGCAAGAAAUGGUAUAAGUCUAUUACAAAAGACAAUUAUUACAGUGUCUGGCAGAAUGUCGAGUAUCUUGGGUUGAGCCCAGAAGCGCAAUCUAUAUGUCUUGAUUUUUAUCAGAAUGAAAUCGAGUGUUCAGAUUAUUGA